AAUGCGGGACGCAAGCUCCAGUCUGGCUGUCGCUUGAGUCUGACUCCCUCCCGCAGCCUGGUGAGAGAAAGCAGCUCACCGCCUGUGCUACCUGGCAGUUCUUUUUUGGAAGCAUCAAAGACUGUUGUCUGUUCCGGAUACCCAUAUCGGUCAGACAUUGUGGAGAGUUCUUCGUUUAUCUCUUGCAACCAACUCAAGGGUGCAUGGGAUUCUGCGCAGAAGCUGUUGAAGAACCACAAUUUAACUAUUUUGGUCCCAGAGGAACUGGAGCAGAUAUCAACUUUCUAGGGGCACCUCAACUCCCACUUUUACAACCACUUGUCACCCCUGAGCUUUUGGGAGGCCAUGUCUACCUCAAAUGCACUUUCAGCACUCCAACUUCAGAUCCGUCUAUAGGUUAUGCGGUGGUCUGGUCACGCCUUUCCAAAUCCAGAGUGAAAGAACAGCUUCAUCAUGACACAACGCUGCAGACAUUCUCCUAUGUGGAGAUGGAUGGAGUUAAUUUCAGAUUGGGAGAUACGGUCUUUUGCACUGUCACAGCUUUUAGGUGGGACUCUCCUGAUCAACAGUCUUUCCCUGAAGAAAGCGAUGGAUUCUAUGCUGGGAUUAAGUUUGUGCCAGAAUCCAUACAAAUUGCAGAAGAUAGUGAAGAGCAUAUUUUGACAAUCCUAAGUACCAUCCCUAUUACCUGUCUGGGCCAGGAUGACAUCUGUAAAAUUACUUUGCAGCUGACUACCGGGGAUUCUGAUGAUCUGGGAAGGAGGUCCCCAGACAUCGCUCUCUCAGCAUGCCAGGUGGCUCUGGAACACAUGCCCUGCAAGGAAGGUAGCUGUGCAAGAGCUUCAGUAACUGUAAGGGCUGUGAAUGACUUUGCCGAGGAUGGAAACCUCACCAGCUAUAUCAGAGUGGAGCCUGUCCAAACGAGUGAGCCGCUUUGGCGGGAUUAUGUACCAAUGGAUGUCAAAGUCACAGUUCAAGACCUCCCCACAGAGAACUGCUACUCUUUGACUGAUCCACACAUCAUCACAUUUGAUGGAUGGCGUUAUGACAGCUACAUGACUGGAACUUUUGUGCUGUACAGAAGCCUGAACCGAGUGUUUGAGGUGCAUGUGCGCCAGUGGCAUUGCAGCAACCGCCAUCUUGCCUUUGCUUGUAACUGUGGUGUUGCCGCAUGGGAAGAUAAUGAUAUUGUCAUCUUUGAUAUGUGCAAUGGGCAGUUUCUGGAAACCAAACCUCAACUGGCAAUUAAAAGCAUCAAAGCCUCGUCACAACCAAAUGUCAGAAUCAUGGAGUCCUAUGGAGGGAGAAAAAUUACUAUCUCAUUCCCUUCAGGAGCAUUUGUUCGAGCUGAUGUGAGCGACUGGGGAAUGAGUUUGACAGUAAGGGCACCAAGCAUUGAUUUUAAUAGCACCAGAGGUUUAUGUGGCAUCUUUGACAGAAACACUCAGAAUGACUUCCAUGGGCCUGAUGGGAGCCCUUUACUUUCUCGUCAGAAUAACACCUCUGAGGAGGACUUCAUAAAAGCUUGGAGAAUAGCUCCAGGGAUGAGUUUGUUUGACAAGACUCCACCACUGUCAGAAUGGAAGAAGAGGACACAUUACUGUCUGUGUCAGAAGGAGCAUUCGCUGUAUUUACAGUCAGUAAAUGCUCUACACACUUUUCAGCAUUCUCUCCCAGACUCUUUAGGUUGUUUUUAUGAGCAUGUGGAUUACAAUUCUGUAAUCCCAUAUCUAGAUGUCACAUCAGAAUAUCCUACUAACUUGGACGCUGAUUCUGCAUUCCUAGCUGAUGGAAUAUUAUCACCUAGAUCUCUGGAGCAGUGGCAUUUGCCUCAGGCAACCAAAAAGAAAGACAGCCCCAGUGGCCUUUUAAACCCAAUUGGUCAAAACAUCUCAUUGACAAAAUCAGGAAAUGAAACCUAUGUUGACUCUUCUGAUCAUUGGAAGGAGCUAUCAAGAGAAAAAAGGCAAGAAGCUUACUGGGAAUCCUUAUCUGCUUCCUCUUCUCAAAGCUUGAGUCAGGCUGACUUGGAAAGUUUCACCUACUUUUUCCCAGAAGAUUAUUUUGAAGGGAGGCGGCCUAAAGUUCAGGUCACAUGGCCUACUCCAAGUGGCCUAACCUCAGCAAAAGCCUUAGCAAGCUGUCAGAAGGUUCUUGAAACCUCUCCCAUCGGCUCGGCUUGUAAAGGGCUUCUGGGCACCCAGCUGGAUGUGGCUAUUGAAAUGUGCCUUUUGGAUGUACAAAGCAAGGAUGACCUCACAUGGGGAGCAUCAAUGAUUGCAUUUCUGGAAAAUUCCUGUGAAAAAAUGGUGCUGGAAAACAUAACUAUGUGGUUCCAUUCAACAAGUGAGCUACCUGCUACACAUAAAGAAAUAAUCAGAGCUCUCAGGUGCCCCAAUCUCUGUAAUGGACAUGGGCAGUGCAGUAUGUGGGGAUGCCAGUGCUUUGAAGGAUAUGAUUCCCAUGACUGUACAACCACCAAAAAGCAUCCAGUGGAGAUCACAGAUCUAAUGAAUGGGGGUUUCUGUGAUGUCCGGACGUCCAACUGUAGCAGAAUCCACGUGUUUGGACACAACUUCAGAGAUUCUUCUGAUCUUCAUUGUGAGGUCACCCGGUUGACUUAUCGCAAUGGUGAAUGGGUAUCCAGAGAAUAUGAAAACACCAGAGCAACAUUUCUGAAUCUGACAACGGUGGACUGUCAGAUCCCACCUCUGAACAAUACAGGAGCAGGAGCUGUUCGUUUCAUGAUGGAUGCUGAGCCUUAUGCAAGAUGGCAAGUGAAAAUUUCUAAUGAUGGUUUCCAGUACAGUAAUUCAAAAGUCCUGACCUUGUAUGACGGAGUCUGCCAGGAUUGCGAAUUCCAUCAAAAUGGGCUUUGUAAAUUAAAGGAAAACGCUUGCAAUAUAGAUGGAUUAUGUUAUGCAAAAGGUGAUUCGAGCCUUACGAGUCCUUGUCUUCUCUGUGAACCCGAUUCCAAAUUCACCUGGUCUAUUAAUGAAAAUAACCAGCCGCCUGUGUUCCAAGCCCCCAGCCAGCUUCUACUUUGCAGGAGAGAAUUUGUGUACCAGCUGCUAGCAGUGGAUCCCGAGGGAUCAGCCGUGUUAUUCAUCUUAGAAGGCGGACCUCCAGAACCCACCCUCUCUCCUGCCGGCCUUCUCAUUUGGAAAGUCAGCUCUGCCAAAUCAGAGAGCUUUGAAUUCACUGUCGAUGAAUGCAAUGCACAAAGCAGGCACUCAGUUCAGAUUGCAGUGAAACCAUGUGGCUGCUUAAAUGGUGGAACAUGUGUCACCAACAUCAACUUCCCUCCGGGUGUUGGUGAAUAUCUCUGCAUAUGUCCCAGUGGAUUUGAACAGGAACUUUGCCAGAACAGCCAUAAUGACUGCCAAUCAAACCCAUGUGGAAUUGGCUCCUGUAUCAAUGGAAAAGAUAGUUACAUUUGUAAAUGUCCAGCAGGUUGGAAAGGGCUUACUUGUCAGGAGGAUACAAAUGAAUGUGAAGAGGAACUUUGUUUCCUGGUGUCUCUUGCACAAACACACUCGGAUCUUACAUAUGUGGGAACUGCCCCAAUGGGAUGCAGGGUGAUGGUAGAAACUGCAAAUGUGAUUGAGGACAGUGCUGACAUGACAGAAGCUUUCAUUACUGAUAAUCAUAAUCCUAAAGGUGAAUGGAAAAAGAGUGAAGGUAAACAACCAGUCAUACCUCUAGAAGCGAAGACGUUGUCUGCAAUUAAGUAUGUUAAUAUUACUGAUGUUCCUGGUCAUGGAGCAGUUCUGCCACCCAUUACUAACUGUGCCAACAGACCUUGCUUUCCUGGAGUUGUCUGCAUUGAUCGUAAACCUCCAGAUAUUGGAUACCUCUGUGGCCGGUGUCCAACAGGUUUAUCUGGAAAUGGACGAAUCUGUACAAGAGCAUCAAGACCAGUGUCAAGGUCCACCCAAAGUGUGACUGACGUACCAGUGAAAAUCACUGGGGAUGUUAAGGUUUCUUCCACUCAAGAUGACAUAAAGAAAUCAGAUAAUACUGAUUCAAGGCUCUCACAAGUUCACAUCUCCAAACCAGAAACAACUUUCCUUACAGCUCGAUAUCCUAUCACUGUUGAUAUUCAACCACUAGACAGCCACAUGCUGAUCAGCAGAUCAUACUCAUUUGAUGGACAGUCUUUGGAAAAAAGUCUCUUGGGACAUCACACACUAGACCUGCUCUUGGUUUUAAAGCAGGCCACCCAGGUACCUUCUGUUUUAGCAACACCACUGGCCUCCUCAUCCCAUCUGAAAGCUACUUUUUCUGGUAUAACCCCACAAGGCCCCAUCCGCCCAGCAGGGCUUCUACAAAAACAAGGGUCCCAGUAUGGACAUCUUGGGCAGAAAGCCUCAUGCUCCCCAGCCAAUCAUUUGGGCCUUUCCACACCCAUUAAUAGGUUGCUACUUGAAAGAAAGUCACCUGUGCAGAUACACCAUGUUUCAGUGGUGUGCUUUGUGAGCCAACAAAGGAGGGAAUUCAGAUGUGGACCCUGUCCAUUUGGAUACAGCGGUGAUGGAAUUGAAUGUCAAGCAGUUUGUGAUCCCUCAUGUGAGAAUGGAGGAACAUGCAUCACUCCAAAUAUCUGUUCCUGUGUUUAUGGAUUUGUGGGUCCUAGAUGUGAAACACUGGUAUGUAAUAGGCAUUGUCACAAUGGUGGGAAAUGCAUUGCCCCGGAUGAAUGUGAAUGCAAACCUGGAUGGAGCAGCCCUUUGUGUGAGACAGCUGUUUGCAAUCCUGUUUGCCUAAAUGGUGGGACCUGCAUUCGGCCAAAUACGUGUGCUUGUCCUCAUGGUUUCUUUGGACCUCAGUGUCAAUUCGCUUUCUGCAAUCCUCCUUGUAAAAACAAUGGACAGUGUAUGAGAAACAACGUGUGCUCCUGCAUGGAAGGUUAUGUUGGAAGAAGGUGUCAGAAAAGUGUCUGUGAUCCUAUGUGUAUGAAUGGAGGAAGAUGCAUCAGCCCGCCCAUUUGUGACUGCCCAUCUGGCUGGAAAGGAAGGCGCUGCAGUAAAUCUGUUUGCUUGCCCAGCUGCUCAAAUGGUGGGGAAUGUAUCGGACCUAAUGUCUGCCAGUGCGUGGCAGGAUGGGUGGGUCUCCUGUGCCAGAUUCCUGUUUGCGAGCCGAAAUGCCAGUUUGGAGGGAGAUGUGUCAAGCCAAAUGUUUGUGCCUGUAGAAGUGGACAUGGUGGUUCAAACUGUGGAAAGAAGCUCCCCAUAGGAUGAAGAAAACAGCAGAAGGACAAUGAAGACAUUCAUUUUGAUGCCGAAAUGCUAAGACUUCCUCCUUUCUUUUAGAGUUGGCAGACAAUGCACUACAGAAACAUAGCUAAAUUUCUCCCUCCUGCCUCCACUCAUGGCAAGCAUUAAGUCAUGUUGAGAAAUUACUGAUUCUAGAAAAUAUUCGAACAGCUUUAGCUAGUUGCCUAUGUCACAUUAGGUGACACCACUCUC